CAGGGUCACGUGAUCACGGUGGGUUCCUCUCCCCUGCAGGAGAUCACCCCGGUCUCUCAAGUAUCCCAGUGUUUCUUAUAUUUUCUGUCAUGUCUGCUGUUUGUGACAACACCUAAGGGUGAGAAGAUGAUGUCUCACGAGGAGCAUCAGCCGGGGGAAGAGGAGGACGGGGAGGAUGAGGAGGGUGACAUUGAGGCAAGGACAGCUGUUGAGGCUCUACUGGCCCUCACCUCCCCUACUGACUAUACCCACCACACAGCUUAUGAAGAUGACUACAUCAUGGAACCAGAACCAGACGACUACUCAGAAAAGCUUGUAUCUGGGAAAGAGAUGUUGGGUGUGUAUAAUGUGGCAUCAGAACCUACUGAGAUGCAGCUGGAGGAUAACCGUGUAGGGGUGGUAAGGCAGCCUCUGGCCGUGCACAUUGAAAACACUAAUGUUGAGGCAGUAACAGACAUGCAGGUGACAGUUUGCACCUCAGAACCAUGUGUAACUGAUAAUGAGUUACACUUGUCAGAGGAAUCGAACCCGUCGACUGUAUUUGUCCCAGCAACUACUCGUCAAGAUGCAGACGAUGGACUAAAUCAGUUAAAAGCAUUUGUACAAGCAACUGAAGGCAGGAAAGAAGAAACCAUCACAAAGGUUCCAGAAACUGAGAGUCAAGGUAUUUAUGAUGAAGAAUCUAAUAGUGGUUAUGAAAAUUACCAAACUCACUCACAUCUCUCUCAUGAGGAAGAAAAACUCCCAGAACCUCACAGGGAAAAAAGUACGGCCUCUGUAACAUUACCGGUGAAGACAGCUUGUGACAGCAGUACAACCAGACAGUGUGAUACCACUUCACUGACUUGUUUGACUGAAAAAGAAGGUCCCCUUGAAAAAUAUUCCGGCCCAGCAACAGUGUGUACGGGCGGUAGAUACGUGUACAAAAAAGGUGUUAAAAAAGUACAAGUAAGUGGUGAGAUUUCCCGGGGUUUUGUGAAUCCUUACGAGAGACACAAGAGCCUUAGUCAGACGUACGAACAAACCAAAGGUGCUAUUAAUGUUGGCAAGGUAAUGAAACCGUGCGAGGAUAACUCAAAAGUAGAAUCACAAAAUACCAGUGAAGGAAUUAAGACUGAAGCUUCAGGUGAUGUGGGUGAUAAAAACGUACCUAAUGAAGCUAACAGUGACUGUUCUGAUUCUGAAAAUGAUUCUGAUGAUUCCGAUGGAGAUUCUGAUAGUAGUAGUUCGAGCAGUGGCAGUGAUUCCUCCUCUUCUGACUCCGAUUCAGAUGGUUCUGAUUCUGAUAGUGACUCAGAUAGUGAUUCUAAGAGUACUGAAGAGUCGGAGAAACUACCGGAAAUUCCCGAACAACAGCGUAAAGAUGUUGAGAACAAUGAGCAAAGAGUGAAGGAGCCUUUGGACCACAUUGAUGGCAUUUCAAAUAAAACUUCAAUAUCUACCGAGAAAGAAAAAAUAAGUGAUAUAAAAAAUUGUCAAAGGGAAGAAAAGUUUGAAGGUAAAGACAUAGACAAAUCCAUUGACCUUAAACCUAGAGAAGUGCCACCAUUAUCAAACAUAAAUACAGACAAUUUAGAGAAGGUGGAAGAUGGUGAUAAGUGUACAAAAGUCAUAGAACAAACAUCUAAAGACUUUGAAGUUAGUGCCUGUACUAAGGUUGAGAAAAAGGUGCCCAGUGACAAGAGGAAUUGCAUAAGUGUGCGGAAAGUUGCAAGUGGGGUUGGAAAGAAUGCGGCAAUAAGAAAGAUAAAUGAUAAGGGGAAAAUUAAUAAAGAAAAUAACACCAACAUUAAGGAAAACAAUUUGAGUACAAAGAACGAGAAUGGGAAAAAGAACAGCAUACAGGUUAGUGAACAGAAUGUAAAAAAGAACACUGUGCAGGUUAUUGAACAGAAUGUGAGAAAGAACAGUGUAUUGGUUAAUGCACAGAAUGUGAAAAAGGGCAAUGUACAGGGUAAUGAACAGAAAGCAAAAAAGAACAGUGUACAGGUUAAUGAACAGAAUGUAAAAAAGAACAGUGUACAGGUUAAUGAACAGAAUGUGAAAAAGAACAGUGUACAGGUUAAUGAACAGAAUGUGAAAAAGAACAGUGUACAGGUUAAUGAACAGAAUGUAAAAAAGAACAGUGUACAGGUUAAUGAACAGAAUGUAAAAAAGAACAGUGUACAGGUUAAUGAACAGAAUGUGAAAAAGAACAGUGUACAGGUUAAUGAACAGAAUGUGAAAAAGAACAGUUUACAGGUUAAUGAACAGAAUGUGAAAAAGAACAGUGUACAGGUUAAUGAACAGAAUGCGAAAAAGAACAGUGUACAGGUUAGUGAACAGAAUGUGACUGUCACAAAGAGUAUGCCAAAGGCUCGGAGAAAAGCCAGUUUUUCAAAAUCGAGCAGAGAAAAGAUGAGUGAGGUAGACUUAGUGCAGCAGGUUGCUGUUGCAUUUGCUCAACAACUGUCUACUAUACAAGCAAACCAGCUGAGAGGUCUGUCGGAAAAAUCCCUCCAGCAGGGAGAGUACACAAAAGACUAUAGGGAUGAGGACAUUGAUUGUCUGAAUCAGAACAGCUUAGAUGAUACAAUACCAGAAGAGGAAAAAAUGGAAUCAGAAAUUGAUGAUAUGUUUCCCAUGCCCAUUCAAGCUGAAGUUGUGAUGUCGGAAGGCAGUGAGAGUGGCAUCGAGUACGAGGGCUAUGACAGAGCUGCCCCUGAGAGUGACGAUAUUGGCUGGUGUAAGAAGGGCAGCGAGAUACUCGAUCAGUCGGAAAAAGAAAACAUUGAACUGAUGGCGUACCUCAAGAGUUUUGUUAAUGGUGGGGGUGAGGGUGAAGUAAUUGAAUACCCUCCUGCUAAUAACAUCGUGCCAUCAGAAGGAAGUGAUCUUACUCAGUGGCAGCUUGAUGGUGUGCACUUACCUCCCUUUACACCUAAUGUGGCUCCUCCCUCCUGGCUCCGUCUCACAAUACCCGCUGAAGGCUAUCGCUGCCUCUCCUGUGGAGACACGUUCUUCAUAGAAAGCUCACUGGUGCAGCACCGAGAACGUCGUAGUGUGUGGAUUAGCCUGGAAUGUGGACCAUGUGAUGCCAAGCUGACCUUCUAUAACCGGUGUGCCCUAAAAGAUCAUCUACGUAACCACCUGAUGCAAGGAGAAGAAGUUGAUGAGGAGACUGUGGAAGUGCGUUCUCUCCCGCUGCAGCUGACCCGACUCCUACAACCUAUCCUGGUGCCUGUACCAAAAUCCCUCAGGUUGGCAAAUAAGAAACUCAAGAGGAACUUAAAAGGUCGUGGAACAGUCAAUAAGUUACCUGCAUUGAAACCCAUUGGAAGAACAGCAUCCAAACUCAGUGAAGAAUACCUCAGUGGCUCUCUGGAUGACCAUUAUGGGGAGGAUGAAAGUGAGGAGUGCACAGAAUUUGGGGAUGAGGAUAUAAGAAGUAGAUUGAAUUCACAUAAGAUACCGUCUGGCAUGAAGAGGCUCUCUGCAAGAAAACGAACAGUAAGGUGUUACUUGUGUGAGAGAAUGUUCCACAGUGUACGUGAACUGAUGGCACACAUGCGGACAGAUCAGCCGUACUCAGACCAACGUGUGGAGUGCAAGAAAUGUCAGCUGGUGUUGCCUAGUGUGUGUGCAGCUAAAGCCCACAUCCUCACUCACCCACCGGCCAAUACUUCCAAUAUGUCCGUGUGCCCAGAGUGUGGCAGUAGAUGUGAUGGACCGAGAGAAUUUGUGCAUCAUCUUAACACUUGCGGGCACCAGUUUCGUCGCUCGGGCAUUGUGUGUACAGAAUGUCAGGUGUGCUUCUUUAAGUCGCAAGAUGAUUUCCUAACGCAUUGGAUUGCCGAACAUUGUGCCAAGUCCUACGAGUGUGUUGUUUGUCGUAACACAUUUGAGAGUUUGGUGUUUCAUAAAUGCACAUCACCUGGGCAGCAAGUUUUAGCAACAUUCCGAUGUCUUUUAACUUGUCCUCUGUGUUCUCUUGCUGUUCAGUUACAUGCACAGGGAGAACGUGAUACAAAUUCCAAGAUCAGAGCUCACCUGGCAGAUGCUCACCCUACCAUAAUAACAAGAGUUCAUUAUGUAUAUAAAUCAAAAUUUUGUACUAAUGCUUUCCGCUCUAAAGAUGAGUUAAGAGCACACCACGACCGUGAGCACCGGCGAGACAACCACUACCGUACAAAAACCUGUACCUUACAUCAUGAGGUCUUGGGCUAUCAGCAUCAGUAUUUUAAUGGCCAGGAGCCGAGGAAUGCCUUUGUGACACUUCCUGUAGCUUUGAGUGCUGAGGAGUUGCACGAGGCACGAAUACGAGAUGUUCCAACAGUCAGUAGUGUCAUUGAUAAAACUCUUUUUCCUGAUGUAACUCCCCAAGAAAGUAAUAAAACUGGAAAGGUUGAAAAAAAAAUUAAGAACAAAGUUGUAAAUAAGACUUCUCCAAAAGAAGUGGAACCAAAUGAAUCUUUAGGAAAGGAGAGUCCAGCCAAGAAAGAUAUGGAUCAGUUGGAUAAACUACGACCAAAGGUCUGUUAUCGUUGUGGUUAUAAGUAUGUAGACAACAAAGAUUUUAGACGGCACAAGCGAACGUGUGAGGGUGAGGCAGCAGAGCGACAGUGUGAGAUUUGUGGUAUGGUUGCGGUUAGCGAGGACUUUGCACGUCAUUCUCUUGGCCACAUACAAGAUGGUGCGGUGCUGUGUAUAUAUUGCAAUGGUACCCAGUUCAGCAAUGCAAUUGAUUUAGAGCAGCACUUUGAGCUACAUGUACAUGAGCAGUUUUCCUAUCCAGCAACCUGUGCUUUCUGUUGCACUUCAUUACCAGAUGUACCGACAGCUUUAGCACAUCUUAAUGAAGAACAUGAUCCAUUACACGUACCUUUUGACACGUCAGAGUUUGAGUGUGAUCGUUGUGGCCGUCGCUUCCACGGUGAAAGAGGUUUAAGUGUACAUUUAGGCCGCUGUACACUAGGAACAGCCACGCCCACACCAUCAGCUGGGUGCAGACAGUGUCAAGUGUGUACAAAAGCUCUCACACCAGAGAUGUUUGGUCGCCAUUUAGUUUGUCAUUUGGAAGAAGGCUUAUUGGUGUGUAGCCUAUGUGAUGGGCGAACUCUACCAUCCAGUAUGGCCCUCCUGCACCAUCUGGAAGAACAUGCUGCUGCUUUAUCAUAUCCAAACCCCUGUCCUAUGUGUAGUUUUGUAAUGGAGGAUGCAAGUUCAGCACUUACACAUCUCAAGGAAGAACAUGGGUUUGGAAAUUUACACUGUGCCGAGUGUGACAUGCACUUUAAUUUCACCUACCAACUUCAGCGUCACACAGACAUAGUUCACAAGAUAUGCCAAUAUGCAAAGCGACGGUACAUCUGUUGGAUAUGUAGAGCGUAUGAUCACGUAAAGAAAGAGACGCUCAUGAAUCAUUUUCGCACGGUUCAUGGACUUGAUCGAGAACAGGUUGAUGAGAAGGUUAUGAUCAGGACUCGUGGCCAGGGAACUAUGCCGACAUCGCAAUUCAUACCUACAAAACCUCUCGGGAGCAAAGAGAAUCCAGGAGGCUCUUCAACGAGUAAAACAGAUGCAGAUACUCCUCUUUUGAAAAUUCAGAAGGACAAAGCAAAGGGCUCACCAGGCAAGGCAUCCUCUGUUACCGAAUCCUCAGUUAAACCGUCGAGCAACAAGUCAUCACAAGGAUCACCGGUCAAGAGUUCACCCAGCAAGACCAUCACUUCAUCAGGUUCGAAGAAGGUUUGGACCAGAAGAACAGACUCAAAGUUAAACGAUAAAACUAAAGUGUUGAUUAAGAGGCUGCCAGAUUCUAUUUUAGAUGAACAAUCCAGAUCAAAGAGGAGAAAGAGAGUAUCGAGGACAGAUGAAGUGAAAAUUGAACCCGGGGCAGAAGUGAAAAAGGAAAAGAAGAGGAAGAAGAAGAAGAAAGCCUUUAGAUGUAAUAUCUGUACAUUUGGCACCAAUUCAAAAGAAAAACUUGAUAAUCACAUCGUCAAGCAUAAACAACUUAGCGAAGAGGCUGAACCAGAUGGAUUUGUGUGUCGUGAAUGUGGUGCUUCAUUUGUGGUCGAACCUUCCCUUGCACGACAUAUGUUUUUUGCCCACAAGGUCAAACUUCAGGUGUCUAGUGCUGAUGAAAAUGAAGAUAAUGACAAAAAUGUUGUUGAUGUAAAAGGAAAAAAGGUGGUAGUGAAAGAAGAAAUUGAUAUAAAAGAAGAAAGUGAACUGAGCAUUAAAGAGGUAAAAGUACAAAAAGAUUUAAAAGAGGAAAAAGUACAAAAAAUUAAGGAGGAGAAAGAGCCUGUAAGUAGUGUGAAAAAAGAGAAUGAUGUUGUUGUUGCCAAGAGGAAGACAGCAAGAGUGUCUGUUAAGAAAAAACUGGAAAGGGAAACCUUGAAAAAGAGAGUAGAAGGAAGAAAUAAAAAGAAAGCAGUAGAGGGGAUGAUUAAGAAGAAAGUAGCAAGGGCCAUAACAAAGAAAAAAGUGGAAAAAGUAAUAAAUAGGAAGAAAAUAGAAAAGGUUAUACCACGAAAGAGGACGGUGAAGGAUGCAAGUAAAAGAAGAGCAGACAAAGAAAUAACGGCUAAUAAAAUGGAGGAAGGCGAUGAGGAUAAGUUUGACAAUCAUUGUGUUGUCUGCAAAGAAGAAUUCACAAACCCCGUGGAGCUGUACAGUCACUUACGAACCCACGGUAUGGCAUUUCUCAAACUUGGACGUAAAGCUAGACCUUUAGGUUUGGGAAAACCGCUUGAUCGAUAGGAUAAAUGUUAAAGUUUUGCUAUUUUUUGUUGAAAUAAGUUGUAUAUUUUCAUUAGGAUUUGAAGGAUCUGUCAAUGCUCAAGGCUACAAUUAAAGUGCGAUUGUUUUUAGUGAGAGACACAUGACCGGGAAUCCAAGUUGAAUCAUUCACUUUUCAAGUUACAUGUUGUAGUUGUUGGGAUGGUCUAAAAUAAGCCAAUUUUUCACUUUCAGCCGUAUGACUAAGGUACCACCUUGUUGUCAAAAUAAUUUUUGUUCUUUUGAUAAAAAACAGUAUAGUAGAUGUAAAUGGAGAACUUACCAUGGAAAUCCUGUUUUGUAGUUGAGCUGGCAGCCAAAUGGCUCUGUAAUGUCACAUACACUUCCGUGUUUUUGGGUCUAUGCCCUGAGACUCCAAACAUUGAUGCUUGAAUUGACUUAUCAAACAGCUUUGUUGCCCUAAUACUUAUUCAUUAUAAUUAUCAUCCUUGAAAGGAAGAUAGGAGGCAAGAAUUGCUAUUUGAAAGCAAGAAUCCACUGAUGUGUACAUAACUUGUGUGGCAAAUUUUGGUUAUCUGCCAUAUCAAGACCAGAUACAGUCUCCAAAUUCAAUUCCAACUGACUACUCCUUGAGAGGGAGGAAAGGCAUCUGAGUCAUCUGGCUGUGAGUUUAAAUAUAAAAUUGGAUAUUCCAUGGUCAGUCGUCUGCUUAUAACGUGAUGCCCUCUACCUGAAGGUCCACAUAACUAUAGCUAACCAGAAGGGAAGUACUAUAGGUACCACAAGACCACUCCACCAACUGAUGUGACAUGCACCCCACAAGGGGAGUUCACAUGACUACUGAAGAAGGACAGGCUUACUAGUAUACAGUACUGACCUUACAAACUCCCCAUUGUUAAACAGCUCAGAGGUGGCACAUCUUUAUUAUAAGAAGAAUGUUGACAAGACCUUAAGAACUUACAACUAGAGGUCACUGGCAAGAGCCUCUUACAAAGAAUACCAAGAAUAACUUUAUAAGCUGCUAACAUAGUGUUCUCUUGAAAAUACUGCAAGACUCCGAGAGACGUAUCCUCAAAAAUCAAAAGAGGCAUCAUAUUUAUUGCAAAAUUCACAUAAGAUAAUCAAAAUGUGACACAAGAUAUGGAUGCCAUGUCCUUAUAUCCAUCUUGCAUGUUGUGCUGUAUCAUCAUUAACAUAAUAAACUCUGAGGAGUCUGGCUUAGACAGUGGAACCCCCUAAGGGAGUGACAAUGACUCGCCAGUCAAGAAAGCAUGUGACAAAAUGCCAAGCUUCCCCUCAGCCCUCCAUAGUUAAUCCUGUGUUCCAGUUUUUGUACAGUGAAUCCAACAGGAAGGAUCUGGGUAAAUGUUAUGACCUCAGCACUGUCAGUUUCUACCUUCCAUACACAUUUAUUUUCCAGCCUUGGCUGAGAAAUGACAAAACUGGGUCAUACAGUAAUCUGAGGCAGAUUCUCUCCCCUUUCUGGGGUUGAUUCCAUCUGUAAGACCUUGCCACCUUAAAAUCUAGGUUGUGAGGUGGAAAAGGGGAUCUUUACACCCUCCAAAAGUAGACCAAUCACCUGCUUAGAUUUGGGAUCUGGAGCCAACUUACAGUACAUCCAGAAAAGCCACUGAUGCUGUAGAAGCUUCUUUGUGAAGAAGAUUGUUAUCCAACAUCUUGGUAUAAAUCUUACAAUCCCUGAGGUCAGAGCCAGCCAAUGAACAACAUCCACUGUGUAUAGGAUAAUUAUACACUAUAAUUAUCCACCUGAAGGAGUGGCUAUGCAAGGCUUAAUAUGUCUAACUGGAAAAUGAAGUA